GAAGACGUUCACACAUGACAGUGACCAAGCGAAACAGACCGAGAGUCAAUGAAAAAGUAGUUUACAUUCUACAGAGAAUAUACGAUCACCAUGAGUAUACCAACAAGAACAUCGAGAACGUCACGAUUUUCUUCCAAAGUCUUUGUCGCGACAGAAGGAGACACCGAGUUAACACGGUUUCAUUAUCGUCAAUCAAGUAUCACCGAAUCGUGUGUGUCGAAGUGUUUUCCGCCGGACCAGCCGGCUGAGCUUUAAGCAAGCAUUCACUGAUAAAUUAAGGAGCGAUCGCGGCGAUUGACACAGUCCGUAGCUACCAUCGGUUUAACGUGGAUGUCAGUCCGGUUCGCGGAGCAAGGGAAAACUUCCGCGACGAAUUCCGUGGGUCCGUUGCCGGGUCGUCAGUGUACUUUUCAUGACGGUAGGAUCCAUUCGACAGUUUCAACGCCGGACAAUCGAGAUUCGUCGCGCGGAAGCGGUGAAACGAACGAAAAAUGCCUGAAACCGGGUUGCAGAUGACCGAAGUGAAUAUAGAUAAUGGAACCUUCUUGCCGGAGAGCGCGAAGGCCCAGGAGAGUAAAAGGGGCGCGAAUCUCACGUACGGCAUCGACGACGUGCCGCCAUGGUAUCUGUGCCUGUUCAUGGCUCUUCAGCAUUAUUUGACCAUGAUCGGGGCGAUCGUCUCGAUUCCCUUCAUCCUGACGCCGGCUCUCUGCAUGGCGGAAGACGAUCCGUCGAGGAGUUACAUAAUCUCCACUAUGAUCUUCGUUACCGGGCUGGUGACUUUUUUCCAGACUUCGAUCGGAUGCAGGCUGCCAUUGGUACAAGGAGGAACCAUAUCGUUUCUAGUCCCAACGUUAGCGAUACUGAAUCUUCCACAGUGGAAAUGCCCCGCGCCGGAAGUGCUGGAGGAGAUGUCUGCCGAGAACCGAACGGAACUGUGGCAGGUCAGAAUGAGGGAGCUCUCGGGCGCCAUUGCUGUGUCCUCGUUGUUCCAAGUGGUCGUCGGGUUCGGAGGAAUUAUCGGUUACCUGUUGAAAUUCAUAACGCCGCUCACAAUUGUGCCAACCGUCUCGCUAGUGGGGCUGUCUCUCUUCGAGAACGCGGCUGACGCAGCGUCGCAACAUUGGGGCAUCGCGGUAGGGACGAUAUUGAUGUUGACGAUGUACUCGCAAGUAUUGGUGAACGUGCCGUUCCCGAUUUUAAUGUACCGCAAAGGCGAAGGGGUGCGAGUCGUCUGGUUCGAACUGUUCAAACUGUUCCCGGUGUUGCUGACGAUAGUGGUCAUGUGGAUAAUCUGCAUAAUUUUAACUGUAACCGACGCUCUGCCAGUGGGUCAUCCGGCGAGGUCAGACAGCAAGCUGAAGAUCCUCAGCCAGUCACCAUGGUUUAGGGUGCCUUAUCCUGGCCAGUGGGGUACUCCAACCGUGACUCUGUCUGGUGUGCUUGGCAUGCUGGCUGGAGUUCUAGCCUGCACCGUGGAAUCUAUCAGUUAUUAUCCCACGACGUCCAGGAUGUGCGGCGCCCCUCCUCCCCCGGUUCACGCCAUUAACCGUGGCAUGGGCAUAGAGGGCCUCGGCACCAUGUUAGCCGGCCUCUGGGGCAGCGGAAACGGUGCCAACACCUUUGGGGAGAACGUUGGCACGAUAGGUGUAACAAAAGUUGGCAGUCGCAGAGUGAUCCAGUGGGCGUGCGGAUUGAUGAUACUGCAGGGAUUAAUUAGCAAGUUGGGCGCCGUGUUCAUCAUCAUUCCCGAGCCAAUAGUCGGUGGAAUAUUCUGCGUGAUGUUCGGGAUGAUUUGUGCCUUUGGUCUCUCCGCGUUGCAGUACGUAGAUUUGAAUUCAGCGAGGAACCUUUACAUCCUUGGCUUUUCUAUCUUCUUCCCUCUGGUGUUGUCGAAAUGGAUGAUUAAACACUCGGACGUGAUACAGACCGGAAACGACAUAGCGGACGGCGUGAUCACGGUGUUGCUCAGCACGACCAUCUUAGUCGGGGGUGUAGUAGGGUGCGUGCUGGAUAAUGUUAUACCAGGCACACCCGAGGAACGUGGGCUCAUAGCUUGGGCAAACGAAAUGGCACUGGAAACUGACAGCGAUGACAAACAGGAGCAAGGAGAAUACGUGUACAAUACGUUCGAUUUUCCAUGUGGAAUGGGCCUUAUGAGGAGAUGGAAGUGGACGAGAUACGUGCCAUUUUUACCGACGUACCAGCCUGGAAUUUAUUCUUGUGGCCAGAAGAGACAAUGAAUGUCAAAUUGUUUUUAAAUUAUUGGAUAACUGUACGAAGAAUGAUCGUAUGGGAGCCUGCACUGCUGCGUGUGCGUCGAGUAUAUCGAUGUGAAUGAAUAUUGCACUACAAGGGAAAUAAAACAAAUUUUGUACAAAGA